UGUUUGUAGAAGUGUUGUGUUGUGCCUACAUACCACUAAGAGAAACCAGAAAUAUGCAGCCCACCACAAUGAUUGUUCUGGCUUGCCUAGUGGCAGUAGUAGCAGCGAACACUCAAUACCAGUACCCCAUCGAAGAUUCCGCCAACUUACAGGAAGGCCAAGUCUAUGAAUCAAUCAAUGACACACCAGUUCACGAGAACAGUCCAAGAACGAAGCGAGGUUUACUUCUUUUGAAGAAGAAACUCCUACUUGGAGCCCUUGGACUAAAAGCAGCGAAGGUGGGCGCUGUAGGUGCUGGAGUAGCUGGUGCCAUCGCACUUAAAAAGCAGUCAGUACACUCACGACCUCAAUAUUAUCACGGCCACUCUCCAUCAGUCGUUGAAGUUCAUAGCUGGUCGGGCUAACCGCUUUUCCAUUUUUCUUAUAUAGUACAUUGAGUACUACAGAAAAUGAAGACUUCGCGUGACUAUCCAGAAAUGUUGUUUAAGAGCUCAAACCAAGGGGUAUUUUAGUUAAAACUUAGAUUAGUGCUGGUUGUGAAACCAUAAAGAUCUUAUGUAAUAGAUGCUGCCAUAUAUAAAAUCAGGAACAUUUAUUAUACAAUAAACUGGAAGUUUCAUGUUAUAGCUAUUGUUUGUCGAUUUCUUUCACGAAUUUUCUUUGUAUAUUGUGUAAUACUGUUCUACAAAUAUGGAUGUUUUUAGAGUAUUGCCUAUGAUUUGUUAUAAUAUUUAUAACAAAUGGAGACUCGAGUUAAGUGUUAGAGUGCUGUUUGUUAAUAAAUGU